UCAGGCAUCAAUGCAUGGUGCCACGGUUGGUGGUUGGGUUGCCAAUGGUGGCAUUCGCGAUGAGGAGGAGGAGGAGGAGGAGGAGGAGGAGGAGGAGGAGGAGGAGGAGGAGGAGGAGGAGGAGGAGGAGGAGGAGGAGGAGGAGGAGGAGGAGGAGGAGGAGGAGGAGGAGGAGGAGGAAGAGGAGGAGGAGGAGGAGGAGGAGGAGGAGGAGGAGGAGGAGGAGGAGGAGGAUGAGGAGGAGUGGCAAUUGGUGUAGAGGAGGCACGGUUGACAAUCGAGCAG